AUGGAUGAGAGUGACAAUGAAAGAGAGGAAUCUGAUAGAGGCACCAAUCACAAAGAUAAUGGUGGAAUCAAAAGAGAUGAAGUGGAUGAGGACAAGGCUGAUAGUGAGAAAGAUGGAAAUGAAUUGAACGUAGGCGAAGAGGACAAAGCUGAUGGUGAGAAAGAUGGAAAUGAAUUGAAUGUAGGCGAUGAGGACAAGGCUGAUGGUGAGAAAGAUGGAAAUGAAUUGAAUGUAGGCGAAGAGGACAAGGCUGAUAGUGAGAAAGAUAGAGAUGAAGUGGAUUUAGUUGAAAAUGAGAAGGUUGAUGGUGAAAGGGAUGGAGAUGGAGUGGUUGCAGUUGAAGAGGAAAAGGCUGAUGGUGAAAGGGAUGGAGAUGGUGUGGUUACAAGUUGA